AUGGAUGCAAGCUACAAAAGAAAACCGGUGCACCGAAGCAUAUCAUUGUUGCUGCGUGACAUUGAUCAGAUGUCGCUGAGCGAGAUAGGAACGUCAAAUCCUGCGCUCAGCUGUGACGAUGGGGCCACUCCCUGUCACUCGACGGCCCCGGCCGACCCGGUGACCCCGGGACUGGGCGGUGUGGGAGCGCACGACAUCAGCCUGGCUUGCUACUCGCUGCGCAGCGAACCGGAAGAGUACGAUGAUAAUCUGGACGCGCCGGAUUCUGUCACUUACCUCUCGAUUGGGGGUCAGAACCCGGUGCUGGUGAUGCGCGAGGGCGACGCCGACAGUGUGGCACCGGCGUCCGAGAUACCGUACAACUAUGUCUACAACCCACCGAUCAAGUUCGACUCGAUGCGCCGUCACAUCUUCAUCCCCGGACUGGAAAUCAAUGUGGAAAUCAUUGACAACGAGCGUAGCCUCACGUCGCACGUGCUGAACCCAAAUCUGUACACCGUCAAACUGACGCACGGACCGUUUUCGUGGACGAUCCAGAAGCGGUACAAUCACUUUCGAAAUUUGCACCAACAGCUCACGACUUACCGGACUUCGCUGCACAUACCGUUCCCCACCAAGAGCCACAAAGAGCGAAGGGACAGCUUCCGGAAUAUGCACACCGUGCACCAGACUACGGCCUCGCCGGCCAUGCAACAGAAGCUCGGCAAACCGUUGAAAAAGAUUAAGAAAAGUGCGCUUCCCCGGUUCCCGCUAAAGCCGGACUCGCUCGUCUCAUUCGAUGCGAUCCCGCAGCGGAUCAAGCAGCUCGAAGAGUAUCUGUACAACUUACUCAACAUCUCUCUCUACCGUAACUUCCACGGCACGGUCAACUUUCUGGAAGUGUCGCAUAUUUCGUUCAUCGCAGCCCUCGGCGAGAAGGGCAAGGAAGUUCUGAUCAAGAAGCGCACCGGUUCGACGCGAGCCGGCCAAUCGGGGUGCAACUUUUGCGGCUGCUUCACGAGUGGUUGCUGCGUUCGGUGCAGUUACUUCUGCACCGACGUCGUGUGGAGUAAAUGGCGCAAUCGGUGGUUCUUUGUGAAGGAAACCUGCUUCGGGUACUACCGGCCGAAGGAUGGUGUGCUGCGCUGCGUGGUCCUGUACGACCAGGGAUUCGACGUUUCGUCCGGCAUGUACAGCACGGGCAUGCGCAAUGGGCUCCAGAUUGCGACCAACUCGCGGUACCUCGUGAUCAAGUACGCAACGCGCCGUAUGGCCAGGGACUGGAUGUCGCACCUGAAGCGAGUGGCGAACGAGAGUGCCCGUGACUUCACCCUACCCAAUCCGCAUCAAUCGUUUGCACCAUCCCGACCCGGAGUGCAGGCCGGUUGGUUCGUGGACGGCGCCGGAUACAUGAGUGCCGUGGCCGAUGCCCUCGAGGGCGCCACGGAAGAAAUCUUCAUCACCGACUGGAUGCUGAGUCCGGAAAUCUACAUGAAGCGGCCGGCGAUCGACGGGGACUACUGGCGGUUGGACAAGAUUUUGAAGCGCAAGGCCGAGCAGGGCAUCAAAAUCUUCGUGCUGCUGUUCAAGGAACUCGACUUUGCGCUCGGCAUCAACAGUUACUACAGCAAACAGAAGCUGGUCGAGCAGCAUGAAAACAUCAAGGUACUCCGGCACCCGAAUCAUGCCAAGGCUGGUAUCCUGUUUUGGGCCCACCACGAGAAGCUUGUGGUAGUCGACCAGACGUACGCAUUCGUUGGCGGGAUCGAUCUAUGCUAUGGGCGCUGGGACGACUACAAGCACCGUAUGACCGACCUGGGUAGUAUCUCUUCGUCGACAACGAGCUCUGCCAACAAUACUACCUUCCGGAAGCCCUCGACCGUGGUAGAACUGGACGAGAACGGGUCCGUGGCGAACUUGCUGAAGUCGAGCAAGAACAUUGCCAUCGCUACGACGGUCGAACGUCGGGCAGAGCCGGAAGCGACAGUAACCGGGAACCUUCCACCACAGUCUCCGUCGGCGGAAGGCGGCCAGCACCGACAAAAGUUUGUCCAAACACAACCAGACGUGGUGGCGGAAGCGACCGGUGAACAGGCACACAAACUGCUGAUUGCGGCCGCCCAAGCUCUCAAUCUUGUCGGUGCGGAGCAGACGGCUGACGAUCGUGACGCACCGGGGUUGCCGGAAAACAUUAAACAAAACACUCCGGAAAUGGAACGGCGCAACAUUAUGGACAAGUUGAAGGAUAUGGGACGAGAUUUGAAGAACCGCAUCACACUGACUGACCAGCCGGAACAGUCGCCGGCUGGCGGCGGUGUCGAUGCCAGCGGAGGACCAAAGAGCAACGUCAGCAGUCCCCGGUGCCUGUCGGAGGAGGAACGCCGGAAACGGCAGCUGCACGGCGGUGACGGAGAUAAGUGGUUCGCGAUAGGUAAUGGCGAAGGUGUGCUCAGCCCACAGCCGUUCAAGAAUAACUUCUUCGAGUUGGACGGUCAGGCCAAACUGUGGAUCGGCAAGGAUUACAUUAAUUUUAUCGUAAAAGACUUCAUCAACCUUGACAUGCCGUACGUAGAUUUGGUUGAUCGAACGACGACCGUGCGAAUGCCGUGGCACGAUGUUGCGACCGUUGUCCUGGGGCAAGCCGCGCGGGACGUGGCUCGCCACUUUAUCGAGCGCUGGAACGCAGUAAAGCUGGAAAAGUGCCGAGACAACGCGAGCUACCCGUACCUGUUACCCAAGAGUUACAGCGAUAUGCGGAUCGACAGCCGAUUCCUGAACGUACCGCUGCACCACGUCACGUGCCAAGUGCUGCGUAGUGCUUCCAGUUGGAAUUGCGGCUUCAUCGAGCCGGAUUACGUCGAGCAGAGUAUUCACGAGGCGUACGUGCAGACGAUUUCCAAGGCUCAGCACUACAUCUACAUAGAGAACCAGUUUUUCAUCAGCAUGGAGAUGGGCAACAGUGUGGUGAAGAACCAAGUGGCCGAGUACCUGUUUAAGCGAAUUGUGCGAGCCUACCGCGAAAAGAAGGUGUUCCGGGUGUACGUGGUGAUGCCGCUGUUGCCAGGUUUCGAGGGCGAUGUCGGCGGGGCCACAGGAAUCUCUCUGCGCGCCAUUACUCACUGGAACUAUGCGUCGAUUUCGAGAGGCAAAACAUCCCUUCUAUCGAGGCUGCGCGCGGCAGGAAUUGAUCGUCCGUGCGAGUACAUAUCAUUCCACAGUUUGCGAACAAACUCCACGCUCAACGGGACGCCGGUGACGGAGCUGAUCUACGUGCACUCGAAGUUACUGAUCGCUGACGAUAAGGUGGUGAUCUGUGGCUCCGCCAACAUAAACGAUCGCUCGUUGCUUGGCAAACGCGACUCGGAAGUUUGUGUUAUGAUUACGGACGAAUCGUUCGAAGAGGGCCGAAUGAAUGGCGAAUCGUACCCGUGUGGCAUUUACGCCGGCAAGUUGCGCAAGUUUCUGUUCCGCGAACAUCUAGGGCUGCUCGAGCCGCACCCGAAACGGAAACCGAUCGACAUAACGGAUCCGGUGGCCGAUAGCUUCUGGAACGGCGUCUGGCGGCGGACUUCGAAACGGAAUACUAUGCUGUACGACGAGGUGUUCCGAUGCAUUCCGUCCGAUAAUGUGCAAUCGUUCGUCAUGAUGAAGCGGUUUCUGGAGGACAAAAGCUUACUGCAGUCGAAUCCGGACGGCAUUCAGCAGGCCGUCUCGCGCAUCGAGGGCAAUCUGGUGGAUCUGCCACUGAAGUUCCUUUGCAACGAAGUGCUUACACCACCGGGCACGAGCAAGGAAGGCAUCAUGCCAACGUACAUGUGGACUUAGCCCUAGACAAGGGAUUUUCUCGUGUUUUAGCUUCUGUUAUCGGAUUGAUAUCUGGUCGUUUUUGUACUCUUCUCUACUGACUAACUCCUCGGAUCCAUCAUUCCGGCUGAAAGGCACGAUUCACACGGGCCUCACUCCUCACGAUACGAUGCUGUGUACCUCUUAUUUUAUUAUUAUUUAUUUUUUAUCGUUUUGAUCCUAAUCUGCCCUACGUCGCAUAUGUCGCGGUAUAAUGGAAUGUAAUCCGCCAAUGUUAUGCGGAUCGUACUCUAAAACACUGUUAUUUGCUCCUCCAUUCCAUUACACAUUUCGGUACAAAAGCGCAGUAAUGAGCGAAAAAGUUGUUUUAAUGUAAUAGCUAUAUAGCUGUAAGUGAAACUAUGCCGUUCGUACGGGUGUCAACCGUUCCUUUGCCUUUAUAAAAGAAAAAAACUUAUUGUUUCGGACACUGCAAGUAACGAAUGUUCACACACAGAAAAUAAGUAUCAAAUACAACCAACAUUGUUGCGGGCCUAAGUUCAUU